UAGCAGCAGUACGCUAGCUAGUUAGCUGCUGGGCACAAUAUUGAACAUCAUGAUAUUAACUGAUGUUGUCAUGAAGUUAACUGAUAUUAACUUCACGCUGCAAACGUCUAAUAUGCGUCCUAAAGAGCUACAGGACAGCAAAAGCCGACAGUGAACCGGAAGAAGAUGAAAAACAGGAGCGAGCGCUCAAAAGUCAUCAGCGGCUAAUUGCUAAUCGCAGAGCACCGAGAAGAAAUUAUUGGAUUUACAAGAAGAGAAGAAACGAGUGAAAGUGUUGGAUGCUGUUUUCAAGCCUGAAGUUCGCUGAUACUGAGCAGUGUGUGCCUGACCCUUAGAGUGGAAUGGGUGGUGCUGACCGAUGUGCAGUUUAUAAGUGCAAAAACGAUCGACGGUAUAAGGACAGAUUAGUUAUCAAGGAUCAUGUUCAUGAACUUAAGUGGCACUCAUGUCCUGUCAAGUGGCGUCCUUUGUGGUUGCGGUUGAUUAACCGGAGUGACCUAAAGGUGCUAUCAGACCACACAAGAGUUUGUAGCAACCAUUUCUUCUUGGGUCGUCCAUCUGGAGUGAAUCCGCAUCCCAGCAUGUACCUAAAGGGCUAUGAAGGAAAACCAAGCCACAUGGAGAAUGUGGAUGUUCAAGAGCUAAUGAAGAACAUGAACUUCGAAGAAGCAACUGAAGCAGACUAUGGGAAAACCAGGCAGGCUCAGUUAAAAAGAAAACCUGAGCCAAACAGAACCACAAGAAGAAAGGAGACUGUUGUUGCUCUUGCAGAACAUGACUAUGUUGCAGUUCCAAGUACAUCCCAAAUGGGCACAUCACAUUUGGGGGAGACUUUGGGUUACGUGUUGGAUGAUGAAGUACCAUCAUCACACGAUGAGACAGUAACAGCAUCAUACUGUGUGAAAGACAUACAAGAAGAGCAUGCUUAUGACUGUACAACAAAAUCCUUCUGUGACACGAACAUUGACAAGUUAAGCGAGGAGAGAGAAGCCGCCCUGCAGACGCAGAAAGAGCUCUUUGAUAAACAAAUUGCCUCAUCAUCUCAGGGUGUUUCCCAGCAACUUCAUGGGAAGUAUUCCAUCAAAUCAGUCGAGCACUCUGAUGCCCUGAUGCUUUUCCAUUCCGGCGUGAACAACUGUGGUGUUUUCCAGUACAUCUGUGAACUAGCUGAAACAAAAGUUGCACAUAUCAACUGCGAGCGCACUUAG